AUGUCGUCGUCGUCCGAGGCCAUCGCCUACGCGGUCAUCGCGCCCGACAUUGGCAGCGAUGGCAUCGAGCUCUCGACCCAGGACCUGCGCCUCAACCUGCAAAAGGGCUCCGACGAGGUCAAGCUCGAGACGCUGCGCCGCAUCAUCGUGUCGACCGUCAACGGCAGCCCGCAGCCCAACCUCCUCAUGCCCAUCAUCCAGUACGUCAUGCCGAGCCGCAACAAGCAGCUCAAAAAGAUGCUCCACUUCUACUGGGAGGUGUGCCCCAAGCUCGACGAAAAGGGCAACCUCAAGCAGGAGAUGAUCCUCGUCUGCAACGCCAUCCGCAACGACCUCCAGCACCCCAACGAGUACAUCCGCGGCUCGACGCUCCGCUCGCUCCAAAAGGUCAAGGAGCCCGAGCUGCUCGAGCCGCUGAUCCCCACCAUCCGCCAGUGCCUCGAGCACCGCCACAGCUACGUCCGCAAGAACGCCGUCUUCUGCGUCUACACCAUCUACCAGCAGAAUGAGGCGCUCAUCGUCGACGCGCCCGAGCUCAUCGAGACGUUUCUCGCCGCCGAAAACGACGCCACCUGCCGGCGCAACGCCUUCGUGCUGCUGUGCAACGUCGCCCGCGAGCGCGCCGUCGACUACUUCCUCGGCCUCGGCGACCAGGUGACGGCCCAGGACGAGCUGAUGCAGCUGGCCAUCAUCGAGCUCAUCCGCAAGGACUGCCGCGCCGACAGCCCGCACCGCUCGCGCUACCUCCGCGCCGUCUCGGAGCUGCUCGGCGCCGCCAGCCACUCGGUCAAGUACGAGGCCGCCGUCACCCUCACCGCCCUCACCCAGAACGCGGCGGCCGUCAAGGCGACGGCGUCGGCGCUCAUCGACCUCAUCGUCCGCGAGAGCGACAACAACGUCAAGCUCAUCGUCCUCGACCGCCUCGACGCGCUGCGCGCCCGCCACGAGCACGUCAUCGACCCGCUCGUCAUGGACCUCCUCCGCGUCCUCUCGAGCCCGGACAUUGACGUGCGCCGCAAGGCGCUCCGCAUCGCCCUCGAGAUGGUGUCGAGCCGCAACAUCGAGGAGGUGGUGCUGCUGCUCAAAAAGGAGCUCACCAAGACUGUCGACGCCGCGUCGGCCGCCCACCAGGCGCAGGACAAGGGCCACGAGUACCGCCAGCUCCUCAUCCAGAGCAUCCACGCGUGCGCCAUCAAGUUUUCCGAGGUGGCCAGCAACGUCGUCCACGUCCUCAUGGAGUUCCUCGGCGACUCGAGCAACCCGAGCGCCGUCGACGUCAUCGCCUUUGUGCGCGAGGUGGUGGAAAAGUUCCCCGACCUCCGCUCCAGCAUCCUCGACAAGCUGCUGCGCACGUUUGGCGACAUCAAGAGCGGCAAGGUCUUCCGCGGCGCGCUCUGGAUCGUCGGCGAGUACUGCGCCAGCGUCGACGACAUCGACGAGGCCAUGCGACAGAUCCGCAACGUCGUCGGCGAGGUGCCCAUCCUCGCCGCCGAGGAGCGGUUGCUGGCCGAGCAUUCGGCCGGCGCCGAGGGCGAUGGCAGCGGCGGCGGCGCAGCAGCAGCAGCAGCAGCAGCAGCAGCAGCAGCACUGCAGGACGCGGCGUCCACGGCGACGGCAAAGGCGGCGGCGGCGGCGACGCGGGUGCGCGCCGACGGCACCUACGCCACCGAGACGGCCUUUUCGGCGUCGUCGACGUCCGAGGCGCGGCUCGAGGCGGUCAAGAGCGCGUCGAAGCCGCCGCUGCGCAGCCUGCUGCUGCUGGGCGACUUUUACACGGGCACCGUGCUCGCCUCGACGCUCGUCAAGCUCGUCCUCCGCUACGCCGAGCUCACGUCGCCGCAGGCCGGCGCCGAGGCCGACGCGGCGUCGCGCUGCAACGCGCUGCGCGCCGAGGCGAUGCUCAUCAUGACGUCGAUCGUCCGCGUCGGCGGCUCGCAGUUUGCCGCCGCGCCCAUCGACGAGGACUCGCAGGAGCGCAUCAUGAGCUGCGUCCAGACGCUCGCCGAGGCCGGCGCCGAGGCCGACGAGCUGCGGCGCGAGGCGGCCGACGUCUUCCUGCGCGACACCAAGCAGGCCUACGCCAAGAUGGUCGAGCACGCCCAGAAAAAGGCCGACGAGAAGCGGGCGCGCGAGACGCACGUGGUCCAGGUGCAGCCCGACGACCUGCUCGGCUUCCGCCAGUUUGCCGGCGCCGGCGGCGACGGCGGUGCGGCGGCGGCCGCCGACGAGUUUGAGCGCGACCUGACGCAGGCCACGGGCGCCACCGAGGCGGCGCGCGACGACUUUAUCAGCAAGCUGCAGCGCGUCGUCCAGCUGACGGGCUUCUCGGACCCGGUCUACGCCGAGGCCUACGUCAACGUGCACCAGUUUGACAUCCUGCUCGACGUCCUCGUCGUCAACCAGACGGGCGAGACGCUGCAGAACCUGUCGAUCGAGUUUGCCACGCUCGGCGACCUCAAGCUCGUCGAGCGGCCCACGACGCACACGCUGGCCCCCUACAGCUACCAGUCGAUCAAGGCCACCAUCAAGGUCUCCAGCACCGAGACGGGCGUCAUUUUCGGCAACGUCAUCUACGAGGGCGCGGCGGGCACGGGCACCGCCAGCGCCGGCGACAGCAAGUGCGUCGUCCUCAACGACAUCCACAUCGACAUCAUGGACUACAUCUCGCCCGCCUACUGCAACGAGGCCCAGUUCCGCAGCAUGUGGACCGAGUUUGAGUGGGAGAACAAGGUCAACGUCAGCACAAACAUCCGCUCGCUCAAGACGUACCUGGCGCACAUCAUGAAGUCGACCAACAUGUCGUGCCUGACGCCCGAUGCGUCGCUGGCGGGCGACUGCGGCUUCCUCAGCGCCAACAUGUACGCGCGCUCCCUGUUUGGCGAGGACGCGCUGGCCAACCUCUCGAUCGAGCAGCUCGACGACGGCAGCAUCCGCGGCCACGUGCGCAUCCGCAGCAAGACGCAGGGCAUCGCCCUCAGCCUCGGCGACAAGAUCACGCUCGCGCAAAAAGUGGCAGAAGAGUGA